CCAAACGAACACAAGAAGGCCAAGCAGAGGCAGUGGCAGGAGCUGCAGCUGCUGCUUCCACCAUUGCCUCUCAUGGAGAUGGAGGCGUCCUUGCUCGUAGCUCCCAAGCCUUCCAUGCCCAGGACCGUCUCUUCCAUCUUCUCCGCCAGACGACCCGCUAGGAGAUGGAGGUGCCUCGCCGUCGCGGCCACCACCAAGCCCCGCUCGGAAAGAGGCAAUGUCAAUGCCCCGGUGCAGCACCUAGCGCCAAGCAAGCAGCCAACGACGGUGGGAGCUCGCGCGCGCGGCGGCCUGCUCGCCGCCGCCGCCGUAGUCGCCACGGCAGCGCUACCACCAUGUCAAGCUUUACCAGCCGCCGGGGUGGUGGAAUCGGGACCGUCGCUGGUGGACACCCUGUACCGCGCGGUGGCGGUGCUGGGUGACCUGGACCCGGCGACGGCGAAGGCGGUGGCGGGCGUGGCGGGGCCGGUGCUGUCGGCGUUCGGCUUCCUCUUCAUCCUGCGGAUCGUCAUGUCGUGGUACCCGAGGCUCCCCGUCACGGAGUUCCCCUACGUGGUGGCGUACGCGCCCACGGAGCCGUUCCUCGCCGUCACCCGCAGGCUCAUCCCGCCGCUCGGCGGCGUCGACGUCACGCCCGUCGUCUGGUUUGGACUCGUCAGCUUCCUCAGCGAGAUCCUCGUCGGCCCACAGGGCCUGCUCGUCCUGCUCUCGCAGCAGCGCUAGCUACCCACCACUGCGUGCAGCACUAGCACGCACUGCAUUUUGCUUUCUCCGAUUCAUCCAUCGUGUCAUCCAUUGUAACAAUAUAGCGCGCAUCAUUUUAUAUUUGAGAAGAGGCAAUCACCGCAAAACUAGACGGCUCUGCAUCAACAGAGUAAUAUGGUUUGCAGCUUCGGAUCAAACUAUAUAUGAUGGACAACGUAUGAUUUGAGAGAGAGAGAGAGAGAGAGAGAGAGAGAGAUUAAUUUCCUAUAAAUUAGUUGUCAUUUACAAAGGCACCCUUCGUGCCUUGUCCAUUUUGAUACAGACCAUAAAUAUUUCCACACGCCACCAUUUGAUUUCA